CAGGAGCUGAGGGCGAUGGGAGGUGCGAGGCAUGCCCCUCCGCUCCCUGGGGAACGGCACGGCCUCCUCCCGUCUAGCCCGGCCGCGGAGCUGCGGCUCGGGAGCGCGCCGAGCCCGGCAGUCACGCCGCUGCCAGCACCGCCACCGCCCGCCGCGCAGCCAACCCCGCCUGCCCCGCUCCGCUGCCACCAGCCGCCGCACGGCGCGGCCCCUCCGCCCCGCCCCGUCCGGGGCCAAACGCGGCGCGGGGGUGCCCGGAGUCCCGCCCGCGCGGUCGCGCACACCCCAGCGCUCACACGCGCACACACGCCGAAGUGCACCCCACUCUGGCUCGCAGCCAGCCGCUGA